AUGCUCGUUUCCGACUUCCAAGAAUCGCGCCGACAAGGGAAGCGUGGCGCACUCUCAGACCUUUCCUUCGGCUGCAAGCCCAAGAAGAUGUCGACGAGUGGACAAACGAGCAAAUUUGGAAUCCCAUCGCCUGAAAGCCGAGCUCUUCAUCAUGGUCGCCCAAUCCAUCGCGUUCGCCGUACCGAACAUGACAAACACCUCCCCCUCAAUGCUCCGUCGAUGCCCGCAUCAUAA